AUGAUUAGAUUUUUAUUAAAUAGUUUAAUUGAUGAAGAAGAUAAUAAUAACAAUAGUAAUAGUAAUAAUAAUAAUAAUAAUAAAAUAAAAAAAGAAAAAGAAGAUAAUGAAACAUUUGAAUUAGUAAAAAAUGAAUUUUUAAAAUUAAUUAAAAGUAUUGAAGAAACUAAAGAAUCAUUAUACCAAUAUGUAAAUAACUUUCAAGAUGUAUUUUUAAAUCAAACUAAUAUUUACAAUACUAUAAAGAAUAAUUUUAGAGAUGAUCAUCCACUUUAUCAUUAUUCAAAUCAAGUAUUAGUAAAUAUUUCCAAUGUUUUUAAAAAUAGGAAAACCAAUUUCGAAAAGAAUAUAGAAUCAAUUUUAAAUUACUUGGACAAAGCAAAUUAUUUAAAAUUAAAAUUAGAUAAUUUAAAUCAAUUCCAUACAAAUAUUAUUAAUAAUAAUAAUAAUAAUAAUCAAACUAAUUUAAAUAAAAAAAUAAUUGAAGAGUAUUUAGAUUUAAAAGUUUUACUAUUUAGUGAACUAAAAUCAUUUUUUGAUGAAAGAGUAACAUCUUAUGAUUUACCUUUAAUUAAUAUUCAAAUGAUUUUUAAUAUUGUUUACGAUGAAAUUGGUAUGGUUUUUAAAAAUAGUUUAGAUUUUUUAAAACAAACUAAUACUAUAAAUAUAACAACUUUAAAAACUGUUUUAAAUAGACCAAGUGGUUUUUAUUCAACUUCAAAAAUUAAUAAUAAUAAUUAUAAUAAUAAUGAUUUUAUUUUACCUCCUCAUUUAAAUGAUUAUUCUUCUUAUCAAGAAUAUCAAAAAAAAUUAAAUCAACCACCACAACCACAACCUCCACAACAUAUAAAUCAACAACAACAACAACAACAACCAAAUCAAACUCUUAAUCAACAAAAUCAUCAUGAAACUCAAUUACGACCCCAAAGACAACCACAAAACCAACCAAAUAAUUUCACUAUGUAUCCUUUUGAAUUGUACCAACAACCACAACCACAACAACAACAACAACAACAACAACAACAACAACAACAACAACAACAACAACAACAACAACAACAACAACGGCAGCAACCUUACCCAAGGAGAACUCCAGUUUUCCCAAGGCCUACUCCAACAAUGCCCACAACAACUUCACCUCAAUCCUCGCAAUUACCAAUUCAAGAAAUAUUGGUAUCAUGCCCAAUUUGUUCAAACCAAUAUAGAGAAAUAGAAAUUAAUGAGCAUAUUGAUAUCCAUUUAAAUGAACAAUCACAAAUUAAUAAUAAUAAUAACAAUAACAAUAACAAUAAUAUUAUUAAUGGAAAUGGUAAUAAUAAUUAUCAAGGAUCAUACGAUUUAAUAGAGCCUAUGGAUACCCCAACUACCACAACUACAACUACCACAACUACUACAGCAUCCCAUAUAAUUGAGCCUCUUUCUUAUGACCAACAAAACUCAAAUAGUGAAUCUAAACCAACUAAAAGGAAGAAUAAAAAAAAUUUACUAAAGAAACUAGUUAAGUUUCUCUCAAGAUCAAAGAAAUCAAAACCUAAAAAAUCAAAAAGAAUUAAAAAAAAUACAAACACUCCAAAUAUAAUUGAUAUUACAAGUGUUGAUACAAGUAACAACAUUGUUGAUAAUAACAAACCCAUUGAGUUUGAUAAAACUCCUAUCAAUUUCAACGACAAUAAUAAUAAUAAUAAUAAUAAUAAUAAUAAUAAUAACAAUAAUAACAAUAAUAACAAUAAUUUUCCAGGAAGUAGUAAUAAUUAUUUAAACGCAAGCAAUUCUACAAGACCUCAAUCACCUAUAUAUAAUAAUAAUAAUAAUAAUAAUAAUAAUAAUAAUAAUAAUAAUAAUAAUAAUAAUAAUAAUAAUAAUAAUAAUAAUAAUAAUAGAUCAUAUCAAUUACUAAAGGAAAAAGAGAAUAAAAUCAAAGUAAAUUUAGUAGAUAAAUUGGUUCGAUUUGAAUUUAAAAUGCCAACAAUAUUUGAACCAUCAUUAGAAAAUUAUUUAUUCGAUUAUGAAGCACAUAAAAAUAUGUGGGAUAAAAAGCCAUUAAAAUUGGUGAAAACCCACAAACAUACAAUAAGAUAUGUAUUAACAAUACAAGUUUCAAAAAUAAGUGGUAUUGUUUAUUCAUCUACCUAUUUUAUAAAUAAACCUCUUAAUUUAUCAAGUCAAUUUGUUAGGUCAUCUUCAUUUUCAGCAUUUUCAGUGGAUGGAAAACAAAUGCUUUGUGAUUCAAAAUUAAUUAAAACCAAUACAAAUCCAAUCUAUAAAUUAUUUUAUAAUAAACCAAUAUCAAAUUAUUUAUUAAAACAAGAAAUUGAAGUAGACUUAUUUAGUGUAAAAUUAACUCAAAUUGAUAUUGGAGAUGGUGAUACCACCGAUGUUGUUGUCGUUGAACCACUUUCAAUUCAAGAAAGAGAUUUCUAUCUUAUACAAACUUAUCCACCAACUGAAGAAUUUAAACAAUUCAUAGCCUUUAAUAAACUAUCACCUCAAAUCACAUCAAAUGGUGAAAUGGAAUCUUUAUUAUGCUUUGCAUACAGAGUUACAUUAUACAUUAGGAAAAUUGAAUAUUUAAAAGAAGCUGGUGAUCAAGAACCAAUGGAAACUAUAAGAUCGGGUAAAGCAAAUUGCACAUCUUUUUCAAUUUUAUUCAGUUCAAUAAUGAGAUUUAAUGGUAUACCAUGUAGAACUAUUAUCGGUAGAAAUGCUGGUGCAUUUAGAAGUGAAAUGGGUCAUGCCAAGAAUGAAUUCUAUCAUCCAUCCUAUGGUUUUAUUCCAGUGGAUUGCUCAUUAAAAGAUAACUCAGUUUACAAUACUCAUUGUUUUGCUGAUCAUUCUGGUGAUCUUUUAGUACUAACUGUUGAAAAUAUUACUUGUAAAGAAUUUAAUCAAAAUGAAAAAUUAUCUCUCAUUCUACCAGCAACUCUUCAUUCUUAUAAUCAAGCAAGACCACCAGUUUUUACUCCUUUUACUGAUAAUUUUUCAAUAUUAAAUUGUUGA